GAGUUUUUGCUUUCCACUAAAAUGUCAUCAGAUUCUGUUUUCGGUUUGGAACAUUUCAUCCCUGUCUAUGCACUUUAAUACGUACAGUAGUGAAUAGUUGUAUCUGUAUGACUGUAUUGUAUGGUUAGUUAAAUAUUUUUAUUGUUUGCUGCAUUCCAAAUUUCCAGUCAGGUUGCGAUUGUUAAAUAAAUCUUUAAGUAUUAUCUCUUCGGCUGUCCGAUAGUUAGAAGAAACGCUUCUGUCAUGGUGCGUGCAUGGUACAUGCAGGAUCCCGUGAAAGAUCAGUUUCUAGAAAAUCAUUUGGACCCUCCACAGAUUGUGAGCCAAGAAGAUUUGCACAAACGCACUGGAAUAUUCUCUGCACAUAUCGAUUUGGCCUCGACGAAUGAAAACGAUGCAUUGCAGAAUAUCCCUCAAGCAUCGCAGUGUGGGUACCGUGAUGUUGUAGAGAUUUCUCCAGAGAAGAUGGGUGAUGAAUUCAACAAGAAGGUAGCCAUAUUUUUUGACGAACAUCUGCAUACGGAUGAGGAGGUGCGUUUUAUUUUGGCGGGAAGUGGAUAUUUUGAUGUUCGCGACUGCGAUGAUAAGUGGAUUCGCAUUGCAUGUGAGAGGGGUGACUUUAUCGUCCUUCCAGCGGGAAUCUACCAUCGUUUUACAGUUGAUGGGAGAAAGUAUAUCAAAGCCAUGCGCUUGUUUGCCGGCGUUCCCGUGUGGACUCCCCACAACCGUGGCCAAGCUGCUGAUCAACUGCCGGCCAGAGAUGCCUACUUAUCCAAGCAUGGACUUUCUGUGUUGUAAUUUCUAAAUUCAGAGAAUACGAUGCCAUUCUUGAUUUAUUCUUUCGUUUUAAUGCUGACGGAUUCGAAACAGCGAAUUUUUGAAUUUUUGUACGGUUGGAUAAGCCGUUGUGAUCAUAUCGUUAUUUUUUGUAUUGCAUUUUAUUGUUUUUAUAAAGAUUUUCGCUUCAAAUUAAGUCUUUAUGAAUCCGUGAGUAAGUUGACCAGUAAAAUUGUUAAAAAUUAACAAGUUUUUUUGCAAAUUUACCAUUAAAAAGGUAACAACAACAAAAAUAUGUCGGAAUGCACUCCUACCCGGGGAGGAAGUUUGAGGGAAAAAAUCACGUUAAAAGGGGCCGUGGCCCCACCGAACAACGUAUUUCGUGUACGAGAUAAAAUAUGCCCAUAUUUGAAAUUUCUGUACACAUUUCGUAUUUAGGAACUUUGAUAACUGAAAGAAAGAAUGAAAAAUAACUGUUUUCAGGACGGCAAGUUGUGCCAUUUCGAGGCUUUAUCACUUGCCACAGUACUAGUACUUUAAUCAAGAAGCAACUUGCAAGCAGUCCGAGCGUGCAUGCAUGACGUGUGAGUGUGUGACUGACAAGUGAGAGCACCUUAUCUUCAUUGUUUUAUGGAUCACUAGCGGUCUCCGCGCUGCAGUAUUGUCGAACUGAUGAUUGGCUCCUGUCUCUUGGUAAACUCUCCAGAACGACAUGGAGGCAAAAUUGUGGUCAAAUAUUCCUGUUAGCGUCAGCAGCAAAGAAUGCUACAGUCUGCCUCGACCGGUCCGGUUCAAUCUUGAAUGGAGAUUCGAGAAUCUCUCUACAUAUGUGAACCUGAAGGAAGAUUCACCGAUCGUCUUCUCGAAAGGUGUCACCAUGGCGGAUUUGGGGCUGCCGGAGAGUGCGGGACGCUGGCGUUUAGGCGUCAGGCUGCAUCGUCGGAUCCGGGAGAAAAAAAGAAUCAACAAGUAUCUGUCUGUCGACUUGUACUUAACGGACGAAGACCUUGAGAGCACCAAAUACACUGCCGACGAUCGAUUUGAAGUGAAAUUCAAAAUGCAGUUGAGCACAGGAAAAGAUGCUGAAAUGGUGAAUGUGGGCUGGGUGACGGAGGAUGACAGCAUAGUCUUCCCUUUCGAUAAGGACCAUGAAUUCUGGGGAUACGAAAAGUUUUGUGAUUACGCCAUUUUGUUUGGUCAAAAUCCGAAGAAGAAAGGCUGUUUAAAGGACGAUGUGGUGACCGUCAUGGCCGAUGUGAUUGUGUGCCGUACUGGGACGUCCGAUAAGCCUGCGACGAUGACCACUCCCGAAGCGGUUUUUACUGGAAGAAAGAAACGAAAACUGGCGGCAGCGGACUGACGCAGUGAUAUAGGCGAGUGUUUUAUAAGGACCAGAAGGCUGUUGCAGAGAUUCAGCUAUGAUUAACAACGCCUUAUUCACUCUUAGUUGCUGUAAUUUGUUGUUAUGAAGUUGCAUCGGAAUAUGUACAUGCUCGAGUUAAAUGAUGAAAACUGUUAUUUUUUCGUGAUACAGAUAGAACGUUUUCCAUAUUGCUGCAGUGCAUAUGUGGAUUUUAAAUUAUAAAAGUUUUUUCUUCGCUUAAAUGUAUUUAUCUGUUGCUGCUCAUUUCUGUACCUGACCCUGACUGGCGUAUUGUAUCACAGUAUUUUGCAACCGCUAUCAACUAGUAAAUUCUUAA